UUGACAGUAAAAGAGAAACGUACUUUUCUUGGCUUAUGUGCCCAUUAAAAUGUCAAUAACGCAGGAGAGAGGCAACGCAGGAUUCUAACCCCUGCUUUCCAAGUGGAGACACUGAGGUUCAGAAAGCGGUUGCGUUUUCCGUAGUCGGGAAGAGCUCACAAGCCCCUUCAAACAAGCCCCACAAAUGGCUGUCCCCGGUCGCUCCGCUCCUGACAUUUGACGAGCCGCAGCUUCGAUCUGGUGGCACUUCCGCUCCUCCCUCCGAGCCUAGUCACGAGUUGUCUCCAGGGCUCCGCCUCUUCGCCAGCUGAUUGGGCCGUCCCUGUCCUCUGAUUGGCUGUUCCUCUUGCGGCUCGCCAACCCGACCGGAUAUAGAAGCAGGGCUUCCGCUUUCUCCUUCUCCCUCCUCUCGCUCGUCCUGCGGUAGCUGCUGCCAGCACGGUGUCCGCUGCCGGACGCGGUGUCGGCUUGUGGUCGGUUGGCUUCGGCUUCGGUGUCGCUGCGGUCGAGUUGGGCCGUCAUGGCUGAGCUGGAUCCUUUUGGCGCUCCCGCCGGUGCGCCCGGUGGCCCCGCGCUGGGGAACGGAGUGGCGGGCGCCGGGGAGGAAGACCCGGCCGCGGCCUUCUUGGCGCAGCAGGAGAGUGAGAUUGCGGGCAUCGAGAACGAUGAGGCCUUCGCCAUCCUGGACGGCGGCGCCCCCGGGCCGCAGCCGCACGGCGAGCCGCCGGGGGGUCCGGAUGCCGUUGAUGGAGUGAUGAAUGGUGAAUACUAUCAGGAAAGUAAUGGUCCAACAGACAGUUAUGCAGCCAUUUCAGAAGUGGAUCGAUUGCAGUCAGAGCCUGAAAGUAUCCGUAAAUGGAGAGAAGAGCAAACGGAGCGCUUGGAAGCCCUUGAUGCCAACUCUCGGAAGCAAGAAGCGGAGUGGAAAGAAAAAGCAAUAAAGGAGCUAGAAGAAUGGUAUGCAAGACAGGAUGAGCAGCUACAGAAAACAAAAGCAAGCAACAGGGCAGCAGAAGAAGCCUUUGUAAACGACAUUGAUGAGUCAUCCCCCGGCACUGAGUGGGAGCGGGUGGCCCGCCUGUGUGACUUUAACCCCAAGUCCAGCAAACAGGCCAAAGAUGUCUCUCGCAUGCGCUCAGUCCUCAUCUCCCUGAAGCAGGCCCCUCUGGUGCAUUGAAGAGCCACCCUGUGGAAACACUACGUCUGCAAUAUCUUAAUCCUACUCAGUGAAGCUGUUCACGUAAUUGGAUUAAUUAUGUUGAGUUCUUUUGGACCAAACCUUUUGUCUUUAGAGUUGAUCAUUGUUUGUGAUUGCAUGUUUCCUUCAGCUGUGUUCUCCCUGGCAUACAGAGAAGAGAGGGGAGGAGGAAGAGGAAGGGAGGGAUGCUCCCUACAGUAGCCUCAACCCGUGCUUUUGUGCAUUAUUCUAAGAAUAAAUUUCUGUUUCAAACAAUA